AUGUUUGAGUUAAGACAUGAAAUUGAGUUAUUUUUGGUCGAGCAGGGACACGAUAAGUACAAACAGAUGCUGACUGACUCUUUUUGGGUGCAAAAAUUGGCUUACUUGUCAGAUAUCUUCACAAAAUUAAAUGAGUUGAAUUUGGGACAACAAGGCCGUGAUACAACAAUAUUCACUAUGCAGGAGGAAGUUGAGUCCACUAUAAAAAAACUAUCUCUCUGGAAAUCUUUGAUUGACAAGUCUAAAUAUGACCAGUUUCCGAAUCUGAAACUUUUUUUGGAUACAACUUCUUCGACAGUAAAUGAAGAUUUAAAAUCGGACACAAAAUACCACUUGCAAAAUCUGAGAGUGGCUUUACGCAGUUACUUCCCAGAAAUAUCGCCGCAAUGGAACUGGGUAACCAGUUCCAUUGUUUACACAAUCCUUUCGCGAACCAUUCCGUCGACCACCUACCCAUCUCUAAUCAAGAGGAAUUAA